UCCCGCUCCGGUUCUGGUCGAGUUCGACGCGCUGCGGCUUCCUCCGACUGCCGGGAACUUACCGCAGGGAUCCAUGGUGUUCAGGUUCUAUUGUAACAAGUGGAUACGAGGAGGCGACCCGACCAAGGCGCAGCUGCCAAAAAAUGGUGUUAAAAAGCAAUGAAAGAGGCUCAUAACGGCAGGAUGACGGAUGACAUAAAUCUCACUUCUCAGAAGAGCUAAAGGAAACCAUUGGCACCACGUUGACAGGUGUAAUGAGAGCGCAGGUCAUGGACAGAUGAUGGACGUGGAGACGACGUCGUACUCAGACUUCAUCAACUGUGAUCGCACAGGCCGCAGGAAUGCCGUGCCCGACAUCUCAGGAGAGGAGAAAUCCGUGCCCAGCACAAGCGAGCUCUCCAAAGACAUGGCGGAGAUGGAUCUGAAGGCUGGAGAAGGAAACCCAGGAUCCUCCCCAGCCCCCCCGACAGAAGGCUCCAUCAGCCAAGACACGCAGGGAGGGGGAGGCCCGUCCUAAACGCCAGCUGCACUCUGAAGGGGGCGGCGGCAAAAUGUGGAGAAGAAGCAGGAGAAAGUGAGAAGAUGGGAAUUAGGAGGGGGUGCUAAUGUCGUCCUGAAUGGACACGGGGUCGCAGGCUCACUGCCGGCCCGUUCGGAGCCUCGGCGGCUCUGAACGCUGCCUUUUUCUCUUCAUAGGACAUAAAAACUACAAAAGAACCGCAGGGAUCCUGACAGACAUUUAAAACAAUGCAGUUUGGCUUCACUCCCUGUUGGUCACUCAUAGGAAACCCAGAGACUGUGGAGGAUGGUUUGUGCGGCGGCCAGGAUCAUCCGUUUGUCGUUUUUCUUUAGCCCGUGUGUUUGUGACUGCUGCAGUGUCUUCACCACGUUUUCUUUCCGUAGUAACCAACAGCGUCCCGGUUUACCGUCGUGUACAGUCUUCAUAUUUAUUGCUAAAUGUUCCGUGAUAACUUUGUGAUAGACUUUCCCUUUGUGUAAUAAAAUACCUAUGAGUUACUGUCA